AUGCCGUUCAAACCACCUGAAGUAGCUAAAUGCCCAAAAUGCAAUCAGAAUGUCUACGCUGCCGAAGAAGUCCCAGCAGCUGGAAAGAAAUUUCACAAGAUGUGCUUUAAAUGCGGUCUUUGCAAGAAAAUGCUUGAAUCAACAACACUUGCUGAGCAUGACGGCAAUCUCUUCUGUAAACAAUGUUACGCUCGUAAAUUUGGCCCGAAAGGUGUAGGAUUCGGCGGCGGAGCAGGUACCCUUGGCAUGGAUACCGGUGAGCAUCUUGGCAAUAAAUCAGGCUCUGAGAUGUCGAAUAAACCCAACUAUGCCCCACCCCCUGGUGCUAGUUCACAUGAAUAA